CCGCUGCAACCACCGCUGUCAGCGCAACCAAUCGCGUGUCGGGAAACAGAGCUCGGGGCUCAACAGCUUGUUGUUCGUGUAUCGCUUUGCAACCCGAGCGAGAGGGGAAGCAGCCGCGUCCGUGAAUUGAACCACAAUCUUCCGAGCUGGACUCCCUCAAAUAGCCGGAAAGAUGAAGGCAGCAGACGAGCCUGCCUACCUGACAGUGGGGACGGAUGUCAGUGCCAAAUACAGAGGAGCGUUCUGUGAGGCCAAGAUCAAGACUGUUAAACGCAUGGUGAAGGUGAAGGUCAAUCUGAAAGGUGAGAGUACGUCCCAGGUGGUGCAGGAUGACCAAAUCAAAGGACCACUGAGGGUGGGCUCCACUGUGGAGGUGAAGACAAACGAGGGUAUAUCCAGCGAGGCUGUCAUCAGUAAGCUGACAGACGCCAGCCUCUACACUGUGGUGUUUGACGAUGGAGAUGAGAAGACUCUUCGUCGUACAUCUCUGUGUCUGAAGGGAGAGAGACAUUUUGCAGAGAGCGAGACGUUGGACCAGCUGCCGCUGACCAACCCGGAGCAUUUCGGCACUCCGGUCAUCGGCAAGAAGUCAAACCGUGGGGGGCGCCGUUCAUCUCAGGCUGUGGCUGAUGAGGAGAAUGAGUCUUCGUCCAGUGAGGAUGAGGAGGACGACAGGAGGAGGCUGAACGAUGAGCUGCUGGGAAAGGUCUGCAGUAUUGAGAAUGAGGAGCCCAGCAGCUGGUACCUGGCUCUGGUGGUGUCUCCCAGCUGUCACGAUGAGCUGGUGGUGAAGAAGGAUCAGUGUCUGGUCAGAGCCUUCAGCGACUGCAAGUUCUACACGGUGGCAAGGAGACAUGUCCACACCGUCAGCUCCAUCAGCAUCUCUGAGUACUCCUGCAGGAGAGGGUUUGAAGCAGCCGAGGAGUUCCUGAAGACCGGGGAGGUCCCAGAUGUCUGGAAGAUGGACAUGAGUCAGAUCCUGGACUCUUCCUCCAGCGAUGAUGAGGACGAUGAAGAUGAGAAGGAGAGUGAUGAGGACGAGGAGGAUGAAGACGAGAAGAAAAAGAAGAAACACAUAAAGGAGGAGCCAGAGGAGGAGCCAGAUCCAGAGGAGAGAGACCACUUCCUGCAGCAGCUCUACAAGUUCAUGGAGGACAGAGGGACUCCCAUCAACAAGCCUCCAGUGUUGGGUUAUAAAGACCUGAACCUCUUCAAGCUCUUCAGACUUGUCUAUCACCAUGGAGGCUGUCACAAGAUUGAGUCUGGGACCGUGUGGAAGCAGGUCUACAUGGAUCUGGGAAUCCCCGUCCUCAACUCUGCUGCUUCCUACAACGUCAAGACGGCCUACAAGAAGUACCUGUAUGGGUUUGAGGAGUACUGCCGCUCCGCCUCCAUCACCUUCAGGACCAUCCAUCACAACAACCCCCGCCCUCCCACCACAGCGGCAAAUCACAAGCCACCGGCAGCAGAGAUUAAAGAGCCCUCCACACCACCGAUGAAGGCAGAGGCUGAGGAUGACAAGGUGGAGGAGGCAGAGUCAGAGAGUGAGAGCGAAGAGGAAGAGGAGGAGGUGAAGGAGAGACAGUUGUCCCCGAGGGGGAGGAGGAGGUGUGUUGGGAAUCAGGUGAAGCCAGACAGAGAGUCGCCCUCAAGACCAGAGAAGAGAGGAGGAGGAGACAGCGUUGAGGAGCAGAGGGAAGUGAGGAGACGCAGCAACAGAAGAAUGGAAGACUCUGAGAAAGGCUCUGAGGAAGAGGAGGAGGAUGAGGACGACGAAGAGGAUGAAGAGGGGGAGAGGAGGAGAGGAGACGGUGAGGAUGAGGAGGAUGGGGAUUCUGUGACGGGGACGAAGGUCCGGGUGAAGUACGGCAGAGGGAAGACUCAGAAGAUCUACGAGGCUCACAUCAAGAAGACGGACGUGGACAACGGAGAGCAGUUUUACCUGGUUCACUACUACGGCUGGAACGUCAGAUACGAUGAGUGGGUGAAGGCUGACCGGAUCAUCUGGCCAGCAGAGAAAGGGACAAAGAAGAGACAGAGGAAGAAGGUGAAGAACAAGGACGAGGUGGAGCGGGACAGAGACAAAGAGGAAGAGAAGCCGCCAUCGCUGCCGGUGGGGAAGCCUCCAGGAGGGAAGCGAGGUCGUCCUCAAAUCAGGACAACGCCCACAGGCUCAGCGGGACGCAGCGUCUCCAAAACACCCAGCACAGAGGGACGUUCCAACGGCAAGAGAACUGAGACGCCGUCCAGCAUGGCCAACGGAGACAACACUCCUCGCAGGAGAACCAGGAGAACGUCGGGAAUGUACGACUCUGACAGAGCAUCCAAUGAGGAUUCUGGGAACUCAUCAGAGGACAGCGAAACAGAAGACCCACCUGACAAGAAGCCGUCGCCCUGGCGAGGGAGGACUGAAGCUCCACCCUGCCAGAAGGAGAAGGAGAAGGAGGAGGAGGUGAAGGAGGACACGAAUGAGGUCGCCAGUGUCACAACGACUGCCAGUGAAAAUGACAGUGCUGUUGCCGCGGCAAUAGCAAGUCAGCUGCCUGUUGCCGCGGCACCGGCGAGUCCCAGCACACCUCCGAAAACGGACAAACUCCUGAGCCAAUCAGAAAAGGAGGAGGCGGAGCAGAGGGAGGAGCCAGCAGUAGAAGCUGCCAUGUUGCUCGUUCAACUGGAUAAGGAGGAAAAAAUGUCUCCGGAGCGAGUCAUGAAGACGCUGUCUGUCCAAGAGACGGACAAAACGUCCCCCAGCAGGGCGUCUCCUCUGCCUGACAACAACUUGCCUCCUGAGGAGCAGCUGUCCUCCCCUCAGCCUGUCCCUGCAGAAGAAGAGGACAGCAGGUCCACUCCUCUGUCCUCCCCCAGGUCCAAAGGGCGUAGGGCCCUCCUCAGGGAGGCGGGAUCUGAAACUCCUCCCAGAAUACCCCUCUGCACCCCAGCCCCCACUGCCAGCCCCUCCCAUGUGGCGUCUCCUCCUCGCGGCGUCCUAAAGAGACAGGAUGAGCCCAUGGUGGUUCUUCACUUCCUCCCCACUCAGCACCUCCCCCCUGAGUCUCCCGCCGCUGACUCUGACACAGACUCCGCCACAGAGGAGGAGCAGGAGGAGGAGGAGGGGCGGUUAUCUGAAGAGAGGAGCAGCUCCACGCUUAAACGUAAAGCAGCAGAGCAACGAGCAGCAGACAAGAAGCUCCGCCCCGACAGGAGGCAGGAGGAGGCCGCCUCCCCGAAAACUUCCCCUGCCCCACCCAAGAUGAACCUCUCCUCCCCCCUCCGCAGGGGGGAGUCAGAGAGAAGGAGUGAGGGAGUAAUGAAGACAGAGGAGUGGCCCCGCCCGAUGGAGGAGACGCCGAGGAAGGUGUCAGAGGAGCGUCUUAUGGGUGGAGCCACGAAGGAGUCAGAGGUGCACACUGGGACACCGACUCCUGCUCCGGAGGCCCCGGGCCCCUCCCCCGCAGAGGAGCUGGAGAUUGGCCCUGACGCACUGGUCUGCCACGAGGUGGACCUAGACGACCCUGAUGAGAAGGAGAAGCCUUCCACCGCCCCAGAGCACCUCCUCCUGAUGAUGAGGGAGUCACAACCAGCUCCGCCCCCGCUGCCCAGCCUCCUCCACGCCUCCCUCCCCUCCCCACACACCCCCCUCCUCCCCCAGCCACAGCUCAGGCCCUUCAUGCCAGUCACAACACCCAGCGCUGCCUCCUGCCCUGAGGAGCUCCACCCAGCCAGGAGCGCUGCUGAGGAGGAGAGAGGAGUAACAAGGGGGGAGCAGGAGGGAGACUCCAGUCCCGGGUUUGAUGGCAGCGCCUCCUCUUCCUCCACCUCCCUUCUGUCAUUGCAGGAUACGAAGGACAGAGGUCAGAAGAGGGUGAUGGACUGUAACUCGAGCCCGACGGCCAAGAAACAGAAACGCAACCAGAAACGACCAAACACACCUGGGAAGGUGGAGAAGAACGGAGCAGGUCACAGCAGUGACAGUGAGGACCAGUCUCGUCUGUCUCUGUCUCAAAAGUCUCACAAGUCUCGUUGUCCAGGUCUCUCAUCUCCGUCGUCUCACAGUAAAGACAAACACAACUUCUCCCCUCAGAGGACGUACAAGUGGACCUUCCAGAUCGAUGAGCUGGACAGCAUGUCGAGCACAGAGAGGAUCUCCUUCCUGCAGGAGAAGCUGCAGGAGAUCAGGAAGUACUACAUGACCCUGAAGUCGGAGGUGGCGUCCAUCGACAGACGGAGGAAGAGACUGAAGAAGAAGGAGAGAGAAGUGUCCAACACAACGGCGUCCACGUCGUCGGGCUCCUCAGACACAGGUAUGAGUCCGUCCUCGGCCUCCCCGACUCAGAACACCGUUGCUGUGGAGUGCAGGUGAUGACACGCCCACCAGUGACACGCCCACAUCAUCAGCCACAGCCCUUCCAACCACAGACUCCGCCCACUCAGCCAGCUCUGAGGGCAUGAUGGGAAAAAAACAAAAUCCCUCCAGGUCAGAGGGGGGAGGGGGAUAGGGGACUACCACCUGACAUUAGCCCCGCCCCUCACUUGUGGACUGACUUCCUGUUUGAGGAGAGAAAGGAGACAGAAAAAUCAGCCGUCUGUUCAGCUGCCACAGAACACUUUCGUUCCUUUCUUCCCUCCUUCCUCCCUUCUUCCCUUCCUCCAGUGCGUCAGUGCAUCUCCUAAUUUCAAAAUAAAGUGAGAGGUAAUUUU